GCACAGCUGUCACUCAACGGAUUACCUGAGAGUAGGGCACAGUGUCUGGUAACACAGUUCUGAGCUCCAAGCUAGUCAGAAGUAACCUGAGUCAGCAGACCCAUUCCAGACAACCACUAUGACUGUGAAGAAAACAGUAGAGAGGGACUUUUGUUUGGUCUGGUUUUGGUUUUGGUGACAUGGAGGAUUGGAUUCACAGAAGCAGCUUUCAGAAAGUUACUUGGUCUGAGUUCCUGACAAAGAACUUGGAAGAGCUCUAAAGAGAGAGGGAGUCAAAAUGCUGCCCAGUGGGACACAGGAAGUAAGGAAGAAAAAAGAGAAAAAGAAGAGGCUGCAAGAAGAAGCCAAGAUCCAGAGCCUCACCAGGGCUGGCCACAGGGCCUUGCAUGCUGCCCAGAUUCAGGAGGCCUUGGGCAGCUUCCAGAAGGCCUUCCUGCUGGCCUCCAAGGCCCCAUCAACCAGAGAUAGCCCUGUUCUUCGAGCCUGUGCCUUCAACCUAGGGGCUGCCUAUGUGGAGACUGGAGACCCAGCCACAGGUCUUGAGCUACUUCUGAGAGCCCGUCCUGAAGAGAAGUCUGCAGGCUGGUGUCAUGGCGACCAGUGUUUCAAUGUGGCUUUGGCCUAUCAUUCCCUUGGUGACCUGACUCAAGCUUUGGACUGGUACUGCAGGGCUUUGGGCCAUUACCAGCCACAGAGCUACCAUGGGGAAGCACAGGCAAAAAUAGGAGCCUGCUACCAGGCCCUGGGCUGGCCCAAGCAAGCAGCCUGCAGUUUGCAGGAAGCUAGCCAGGCCUAUGCUCACACAGGCCGGCUCUGGGAUGCAGCCCUGGCUCAGGUGGCUGCUGUGAGAUGUAUGCUGAGCAGCCGGCAGUAUAGACUGAGUGAAGUGUUGCAGGCUCUGGAGGAGAGCCGUAAGCUUGCUGAUGCUGACCGGGGCGCUGACCAGGGACUGCUGGGGCCAUUCUACAAUGAUGUAGGCAUGGGUUACUUCCAACUCCAGCUGUUCCCUCUGGCAGUAGAGGCCUUCCUGCAGGCCCUACCCCUGUGUCGACAGGCAGCAGAGCAGGCUACAGUGCUUCAAAACCUUGGAAUGACCCACAAUGUCCUUGGCAACUAUUGGGAAGCGCAGGAGUUUCACCAGAAGGCUGUCGAUCUGCAUGGCUCUGUGGGCCAGCGGUGGGAGCAGGGUCGCAGCUUUAGCGGCCUGGCAUUUUCACUGAGCCAGCUGGGGGACCACAGGGCUGCCUGGGACAGCUAUUUGCAUGCCCUGCAGGCUGCCCAAGACACUGGGGACGUGAAGGGACAGUGGCAGGCGUGUGAGGGCCUUGGGGCAGCUGCAGCCAGACUGGGGCAACAUGACCAAGCCUUGAAAUAUUAUAAGGAAGCGCUGGCCCUGUGUCAGCACGAACCAAGUUCUAUACGAGAGCGGCUUGUGGCCAAACUGGCAGAUGCCACGCGGACCUUCGUGACUCAGGAGAAGCUAGCCCAGGCUCAUUUUCUGCCAUCUGUUCCUGGAAAACUCCAGACUUCAUGGGAGGCCUCCCUAGAGGCAAAGAACUCAGCUAGGGUACACAGUAGUGCAGAAGAUGCCCAGGACAGUAGGUCAGAAGAAGGCCGUGAGAAGAAAAAGGAGGGGCUGAUGAACAUGACUAUUGUGUUAGAACCUCAGAGACAGGACUGCUUAGGAGCCUCAGAACAUCUUCCAUCUGGAGGCCCAUGGCCCAGAGGAGUGGAACAUCUCGUCAACACAGCACCCAACAAUAGGUCAUCCAUAGGGACCAAGGAAGCCCUGGGCAGGAACCUCCAGAGGACAUCCAUCCAGUCUGGCCUCUGCACCAUCGUGUGACCUAGACCUGUUGGCUGCAGCGCUCACCUCCACAGGAACUUCCCAGUAGAGGCCUUUAGGGCCUUGGGGAGGACCUUCAGUAUGGAUGUGGGCAUGGUGAACAGACAGCCAAGGGUUCUGCUGACUCCACAUUGAGAUUCUCUUUGCUCUUCUUUGGGGGAAGGUCUUUAACUCAGUAGACCAAAACAAAAAGCAAAACCUGGGAAAUGA